UAUGAUGUCACCACUGAAAGACUUGUCUUUUUCAGCAUUCAGAGAAGGGCAUAUGGCAUCAUCAGGCAUGACAUACAUCCUUCCUAAAGUCAUCAGAAGGUCAGGAACCUCCUGCAGAUGGUUGCCUCACAAAGAAAAACAACGGAAGAAGGAUUGGACGGCUCAGGAGAAACGACAACUCUUCAUCACAGGAUGACUACUCCAAAGCCCUCACCAAAGAGUUCUGCAACUGGGUUUCAGGGUUCGGGCUGGAUCAACAAUUGUGUAGAAGAAUCAACAAUUCACAGUAUCUAUGCUAGUGGUUAUGAGACAAAGCCCGCCCUCUCUGUGCUGAUCCAUGUCAUCGAGCUGACAAACGUGCCUGCAGAGCUAAGGGUGCCGGAACAGUUUCACAAAAAAACAAAGGCUCCAUUACAGACUUCAGAACAGGUGGAGAAGAAGCAGAAAGAGUUGAAAUGCAUUACGGUUCAGGGAAUUACACUCUUCAGCUGGGUAAAGAUGAUUUACAGAGCCUGGUACCUCAAACCAAAGACGUGGAAAAGACGAGCAAGCACAGAGUGCUGUCCAUGAGAGCAAAGCCCUGGAAUUAAUGCUUCAUCUAGCAGGAUUGGCCCAACAGGAAGCAGGGAAUAUGGAGCUUGAUUAUGAGGACGUCGUUGACUCGUCAUGCUGGAGGAUGAACUCAACAGACUCGGGUCAAGGUCAAGAAAAUACCCAACAAUAUGCUACCAGAACCAAUGUCAUGUCACUCAGUGUACAUCAUGGAUACACCCCAUAUCUGAUGGUAACCAUCUUUCAAGCAUAAAUCAAAGAUAGUCUACCAGAGACAAGGACAUAACACCAGUCUUGGAAUCAUCUUCUGUGAGGAGUGUCUGGUUUUAAAAGUUAUUGGUAUUUAUGUAAUCAUGUAGAUCGAUCAGUUAAACUUUAUUUCAAUUUAUCCAAAACUUUUUUUUAAUUAUCAAAUGUGACUUUAUAUUCAUUUGUCCUCAUGAACCCAUUUUUAUGUGUUUUCUGAUUACUUUUAUAUAGCUCCAAUCAACAGGUCCAAGCUAUUAUCUCUGCUGAUAUUUCAUUUUAUCGCAAUUAUCUGUUGUUUCAUUAGUGCAUGCAUACUAUGUACAUGUAGGUGUUAUGAGGCUUAGAAUUAACCCUAACUAGGCCGGGGGGGGGGCUGAAAAUUGCUAUAAAUUAAUUACCUAAUUUAUUUGUAAUUAGUAUGCAAAAUCAUACUUUUUAAUCCCAAAAUAAAGCUUCAAAUGUCCUAAUAUUUGGUAUAGAAAGUCUUUGUGGUGUUCUUAUCAAAUGUUCUUGGAAAAAAAUGCAAUAUCAGGUCAUGUUCAUAAGUAUUUUUUUGUUUUGCAAUUUCCUAUGUAUUUUUAUUUUUUUUACCUUUUGCAUUUCUUUGAUAUUUUCAUGAAAUUUUCUGGUGAUACUUAAAAGAUUGCAAACAGCAUAUAACAAAUAUAGUAAUUUGAAUCAGUAAAAACAAAUAUAUCCAUUUAUUCAUGUUUGGUUGAAAACACAAUUUGUAUUGAAAUUGUGUACAAAAUCAUGUUUUUGAGCAAUUUUUGAUCCAACAUGCAUGCCCAAAAUUAUGUGUAUCUUCGGAACUGUGUACCAAGGUGUCACAAAUUUAGGCUUAAAAGAUGCCGGAGACUGAAAGGAAAAAAGUAACAAAUCAGCGUGGCAAGAGCUUUUCUUGUUAAGAAAAUAUUGUUUGAAACGUUGAUGGAGGGGCCCUCUAAUGCCCCCCCCCCCCUCCCGGCCUAGGUAGGGUUAAGUGUGGUAAUUAGGCCUAGUAGAUAUUUGUGAAGUUAACUGAAGAAGUUAGUAUUUUUGUUUGUUUUGUGUUGACAAUUAUUUUACCAAAUAUUUCAUUAAUGUAUACUGUCAUCAUCCAUUACAACAAAAAACUUUAGAAUAUUUGUCAGUUGCUAAAUUCAGGAUAAAGAGUAGUUUAUGUCCAGAAUAUCAUUCAUUUCAUGUGAUUGAUCUUUAAGAUGCUCUUGAUAUUUGAUACGCAGUCUGAUCAAUUAAUUUGCAUUAAAGCGUGUCCUUUGAGAGUGAUUCAAGCAACAUAUUAAUCUGUUAUUUUCCACACGCAAGUAGAUAUUCAAUCAUGCUUAAUUUUAAUGUGAAACACCUCUUUAAUUUGUCCAUUAAGGCCUCCCCACACCUUUCAAAUGGUCCACGAUCUGAUUUUGGAACAAAUCACAUUUUGCUAAUUUUCUGAAAUGUGAUUGACAACUCUGUUUUAGAAGCUAAAGUUAACUGUGAUAAAAUACUAAAUUUGGGGUGAUUUCAAGCCUUCAUUUUUUAAGUAAAGCCCAAAUUGGUUUUAAAUUAUAGGAAAUCAUAUGAUUGCUAUGACGUCAUUACGACUAGAUGUUCAUUUCGCUUUUAUUCAAAUGAUGAUGCUUAUAUAGUCACAGAUUUCAAUAUGAGUAUUUGUUGGAUGACUUUAUACAGCAAGAUGUCACAUGCCUCAAUGUUCACAACGUUUUACUCCAAAAUCGGGUUGCAGAACAAACAAAAGGUGUGCGGUGGCAUUUACAUCAAUGUCAGAUAGCUUGGACCUGGCCUACAGUGUACAAUAGUCUGUGCUAUAUACUAUACUUGCUUUGUAUUCAUGAAGUGUAUUUUUUUUUCUUUUUUGAAAAAAUAAAUUGUAUGACUAGCAGCCCGGAAGAUUCAUUCAAGUGACAGGACCAUAGCAGUUCACCUCAUUGAUUGAUGGUGGUAGGCCCGACACCUCACAAACAUGGCUUCCUGUCUGGUUUGAGCUGGGGUCUUCUUGCCAGAAUCACACAAUUAGUGACAUCACUACCAAGAGAUCCAUUUUUCAGUGUGCAGAGAAGUGCACUGGACACAGUUGUGUAUGGUAUACAACUUACCACAAUGUAAGUGCUUUAAUAAGGAUUUUAAUUAUAUUUUGUGUAGCAUAUAUAUGUGAGACAAUGCAAUCGCUUUUCCAGGGAUUAUGUACUGAGGGCAAUAACCUUUGUGAAAAUAUUGGGCAGCAAUUUUCCCCAUAUCAGGAUUUUCUCUCCCUUUUCUUUUAAUGACUAUAAUCCCAUCUCUUUACCUUAAUAGUCUUUCUUUAUGUACCUCCCAGUACUAUUUGUUCUAGCUUUUGCUAUAACUUUAUCUUUGUUUCACAUUGUUGCAACAUGAUAUUUGCCAUGACUGAUUUAAUAAUGUGCUAAGAAGAUUAACAAUUAUUAUAAGAAAUUCAUAUAUAUAUUUAGAUAUACAGACAUUCAUCCUAUUAUUUUUUUAAUUGCGGAGCAAUGAUAGAGCAAUAGGAAUUAUUUUGCAAUAUAUAUAUUCUCCCUUUCUGUAUGUGCUAUUUUUUGGGUCAGAUUAAUUUGAAUUAAAUUUCAAACUUUAUCGCGGUCAUUUCACCAUGUACCUACAUGAACCUUAUGAUGCCGAGUAUGUGUCCUUCAUGUAAUCACAGAAUGUGAAGAGAUAAUGUGGACUGCACGAAUGUUUAGAUAUGUGAUGAUAAAGGUAAGUUCUUAAUAUAGGUUUGUCUGCCCAAAUCUUCAACUUCGGAUAUAAAUUUUUCACCUAUUUUUAUGAGGGUUGUGCACUUCAAUGGUUUAUCCACAAUGUGUAAAAAAAAAAGCUUCUUCAAUCAGAGCAAUAUAUGUAAGUCUGGAAUCUUGUGUCAGAAGCGUAAUGUCAAAUUUUGAUUUCUAGAGCCUUGCCAGUGUAGUGUUUCAAGUUGACCCAUUUGAAAUAUUGAUGGAGCGGUUUGGCCAAUAUGGCUUUGGAGUUUGGUGGAACUGAUCAAGAUCGAUCAAAAACUGGUUUGCACUCCAAAUCAAUGCAGACAAUCAUUUGUUCUGCACAAAGAGAAGAGAGAGGAACUGGCAACGUAUGUUUAAAGAUAGUGCUGCUGACUUCCAGAAAUUUCUCAGUGGAUUAGUUCCAGCUGGUCAUUUUUGUCGUAGCCAUUUGAUAUUUUCCUGUGUUUAUAGAAUUUUCCCGGAUUUGACUCUGAUGAAAUACAUGCAUAAGGCAAUGUGAAGUCUUGGUAUUACAGAGUAAGAGUCAAUAAAGACCAUUUUUAUAUGCCUGCCCGGCAACAGGUUGGGACGUACUAUGGUAUCACGCUCGGUGUCCGUCCGUCUGCAGUGUCCGUCCGUCCGUUUACUUUUCCUUGUAAACGUGAUAACUUCAGUUUAACUUAGCCUAGGCUCAUACAAUUUGGUGUGUAUGAUACUAGCAUUUAUCCCAGGAAGCCUUUUGAAUUUGAGGUCAAAAGGUCAAAGUUCAAGUCGCCACCUUCCACUUUUCUUCCUUGACCAAUAACUCCAUUUUCCGUGUGACAGGUGUUCGUAUUAUGUGCUUGCCCUAGCAACAAUCUUGUUUGCACCUCAUGCAUGCUGAUCUUGUCACCAAAAGGGAAGCUAUGUGCAUCUGAUAUAUUUUCAGGCUUAGUCUGUACAUCUGCUUAUUAAACCACAAUGCAUUUGUUUGAACUCUAAUAAAGCAGAUUAUUUAACCCUAAAUAGACUGGGCUAUUUCGAUGCCUAAGAAGACUGAGAUGCUGAUUUAGCCCCCCCCCCCCCCUUAUAAUCUUGGCCGUCGAUUGCGGAGAAAAUUGGCAUGCGCGUUACCCAUGGCAUAAUCUACAAAACAAUAAGAUCAAAUUCUGUGAAAAAUCCCAUUGCUAAUUAAUUAUGCUAAUUUACGUGUAAAAUAAAGAAUUUGCUCUAAUUAACUAAAUAAUGCCCCUAAAAUGCAAUUUUUUGGUACAUAGACUCUUAAUAGGUACAUCUCAUCAAAUGUACUUUAAAAAAUUUCAUUUUCGUAGGUAUUUUCUUGUUUUCUAAAUUUCUUAUGUAUUUAUUUGUUUUUUACUUUUUUUUCAAUGGAAAUUGUCAGGGACUUUAUUUUGACCACAAACAAGAUGGAAUUCAUUGAUUUUAAUCAGUAAAAAUAAUGAUACAUAUAUGAAUUUUGGCUA